UCCGUCAAGCAGGGCAGGAUGGAACGCUCUACUUGAACACUGAAGAUGUCAGGCCCACCCCUCUGACCUUCCUCUGAGCCCAACGGCUCUGAUAAGUGGGCAGGCCUUGAGCCUGGAGACCCACAGACACACUUGGAUGAUUUUACAGAAAUCAGCCGGGCAACCUCCUAAGAGCUCUGAGCAGCUCCGGAGGGGCCACCUGCCAGCGCUGCAGGCAUGGCCAACCGGACCAAUGCCUCUACCGCAUACGACAGCUACGAAUACUACCUGGACUACUUGGACCUCAUUCCCGUGGAUGAGAAGAAGCUGAAGGCCAGCAAACAUUCGAUCGUCAUCGCCUUCUGGGUGAGCCUGGCAGCUUUCGUGGUCUUCCUGUUCCUGCUGCUUCUGUCCAUGUCCUGGCCAGCCUCCCCGCAGACAAGGAAAGUAAGGACAGGCGGAGGAACAAUGCCCAGCACCACCCAACGUGCCCCUGGAGUCUCGGCCUCAACCUCCCCUUCUGUGUCUGGAAGCAACCCCAGCACCACGGGGCCCCCCAGGGGACCCCGCUGCCUCUACCGAGCUCAGUCGAGGAACCAGGUGGCAGAGCAUCGGGCCCCAGAGCAUCGGGUCCAGCAGCUGCAGCAGGAGAGUCCCUCCACCUCGGCCCCCUUCCACCCCCCCCAGGGCCACCCUGCUCGCCUCUGGGAGCUGGCCCUCGAUGGGGACCCACACGGCACCAGCUGAUGUCAG